AUGGCUGCUAAAAUAGAAAGAGAAAAGUUAGUUAAAUACUAUUCUAAAACAAAUGCAACAAUUAUAUUGUGUACUGUACUUGAUUCACAGCGAAAAUUUCAUUAUUUUAUUAAGAAAGACUUUCCUAAUCAUGAAAGUGAUAAAACCAAAACACUGUAA